UUUGAGCAUUUGGGAAUCUCCAGGAUGGUGGCGUUGGAUCAGCCCAGUUGGCUUUUCAAGUUGGAACUGCCGAUGAGAGGGAAUCGCGUCCAUCCUGACGGCUGGGGUCUCAGGCCAGGCCAGAAGGCUCCCUUACCGGGUGCUAACACGUUGGCUGGCAAGAUGUAUUUCGACGGAAUGGUCCUUCCAGCUGCUCUGUGGAAUACGACAUCGGGAUUGAAUAAUGUAUCUAAAGGAACUGGACAGUCAGGAGAGAGAUGAAGCUUCACGCAACGAUGUUCUGCUCAGUGCCUGUCAAACAGCACUCGAACAAAGGGUUAUUGGCUUGAACCAACUGUCCUUUUCACUCAAAGUGUGACCUAUUUCCCUACAAUGAACAGAAAAUAAAACUGUUUGACAAUUCCGAGCCAACACCAAGAGAAACGAACCAUUCCCUCGACUGCUGGCCUCCAUCGUUCACGUUGCACGGUCACUAAAUGCAAACGACAAAAAAAUGGUUUGGAUUUUUUUUUUUUUUUUUUUUUUUGUGAGCGAAAUUAUGGGUGGUAGAGGAAUGUUUAUUAGGUUAUUAGGUUGCACCCUCUGUCCCCUUCCCUUCCAGAUACAUUAAAUCAACGCCUUGUCUUUCACACACAGCGUCUGGUACUUCGGUGGCAAGGGGCGUAGUGACCCAGAGAGAUAUCCUCCACAGCGCUGUAGAGCUUUGCCUCUAGCCCGAGUUAGACGUGGAGUCUCCAGGGAUUUGCUUGCUGUCUCUCAACAUUGCAGGCGAUUUCUUCUGAGACUCGGAAUCAAUCGGUCUUUCCUCGCUGCUGCCUCCCUUCCAGGAGCACACCCGCUGCUUUGCACACACACGUUCAAAAUGAAAGUCCCUCCGAUGUUGGCAGCAGGCUUUGAAAACAACCCCGUCGACCAGAGUAGCAGCCCUCCCAACUGUAAAUGUGGAUUCGUACACUCAAGGCUCUGCCUCGCUUUAUCACAGAGGAAAUGAAUUAUGUCGUUUCAUACGGUGAUAAAAUGCGAGCAGUUUCGAUCUUCUGCAAAUGGUCCUCACAGUGUUUUGUGGGAAAGUGAUCGCUAAUUGGAAUAGCCGGAGACACGCGAUUUGAGGCGCUCCAAGGACCAAUCUCAAAAUAUUUUAUUUCACGCCUGUGGGAGAGGGAAAGGAGCAUGGCUCAGGCUGCUUGCUGCUUUUGCAUUUCCCACAUCUGGCCUACAGACCCAAUUCCAACUGGAGAUCUCGCUAGAUGAAAUUCGAUAUUCGUGGUUUAAAUACCUUUCAGUGUGGGACGAUUUAACAAUUGCAGCAGUUUAAAAAUUUUUUUUUAAAUAAGUAAAAAAAAAAAAAAAAAAACCCUUGCGCACUAUCUGUGAAACCCAUAUGGAACGCGGAGAAAGAAAACAUGCUACGCUCACACAAAUCCUACCCAUUGUCUUUAACACUUGCAUACACACUCAUGCACGUAAACACACGGGAAGAUGGGGGAGGGGAGAGAGUGGCGAGAGACAGACACGGAUAUAGACCGACCCGAGUCAAUGCGAGUCAAGUUAAAGCUUUCUCCGCCCCCAUCCAUAAGUACCCCCUCCCGUGUUAAUUGAUUCCAAACAAAGCAAGCCAAUCAAGAGAUGCAUGAUUAUAUUCAGGCCGAGGGAGAGGAGAAGCACGUAUUUUUUAAUUGAUUUAUUUAUUUGGAGGACAUUAAUUCUCGGUCUGAGGCCGAUUUUCAAACCGUUUGCAAAGCGCGGCUCCAUUGUUCGCCCGGAGCGCAGGCCCCGCCCCCUGCUUUGUGUGCGGCGCGCGGAUUGGCCAGCGCGCGCGGGGGCCGCGUCAGCGCCCGCGAGCCCAUUCAUCUGUGCACUUGGGCGUUGGACCCCGCAUCUUAUUAGCAACCAGGGAGAUUUCUCCAUUUUCCUCUUGUCUACAGUGCGGCUACAAAUCUGGGAUUUUUUUUAUUACUUCUUUUUUAAAAAAAAAUUACACUUGGGCUCCUUUUUUGUGCUCGACUUUUCCACCUUUUUCUCUCCCUCCUGUGCUGCUGCUUUUUUUGAUCGCUUCGACUAAAAAAAAAAAAAAAAAAAAAAAAUUUUUUUUUUUUUUUUUUUUUUUUUUUUAAAUCCGGAGUGUAUUUAAUCGGGUCUCUUCUGUCCUCCUCGCCACCCCCACCCCCUCCCUCCGGUGAGUGUGCCGCCGCCGCCGCUGUUGCUGCUGCCGCUGCCGCUGCUGCUGGUCCCGUCGUUACACCAACCCAAGAAGGCGGCUCUUUGUUUCCUCUCUUGGAUCUGUUGAGUUUCUUUGUUGAAGAAGCCAGCAUGGGUGCCCAGUUCUCCAAGACCGCAGCGAAGGGAGAAGCCGCCGCGGAGAGGCCCGGGGAGGCGGCUGUGGCCUCGUCGCCUUCCAAAGCCAAUGGGCAGGAGAAUGGCCACGUCAAAGUGAACGGGGACGCAUCUCCCGCGGCCGCCGAGCCGGGCGCCAAGGAGGAACUGCAAGCCAAUGGCAGCGCCCCGGCCGCCGACAAGGAGGAGCCCGCGGCCGGUGGCGCCGCGUCGCCCUCCGCGGCCGACAAAGACGAGGCGGCCGCGGCCCCCGAGCCGGGUGCAGGCGCCGCCGAGAAGGAAGCCGCCGAGGCCGAGCCCGCCGAGCCCGGGUCCCCCGCCGCCGAAGGCGAGGCGGCGUCCGCCUCCUCCACGUCGUCGCCCAAGGCGGAGGACGGGGCCGCGCCUUCGCCCAGCAGCGAGACCCCGAAAAAAAAAAAGAAGCGCUUCUCCUUCAAGAAAUCCUUCAAGCUGAGCGGCUUCUCCUUCAAGAAGAACAAGAAGGAGGCGGGCGAGGGCGCUGAGGCCGAGGGCGCCACCGCCGACGGCGCCAAGGACGAGGCGGCUGCAGCGGCCAGCGAGGCGAGCGCCGCCCCGGGAGAGCAGGCGGGCGAGGCGGGCGCCGAGGGCGCAGCGGCGAGCGGAGAGGCGCGGGAGGCCGAGGCGGCGGAGGCCGAGCAGCAGCAGCAGCAGCAGCAGCAGCAGCAGCAGCCCGAGCAGCAGCAGCAGCCCGAGCAGCCGGCGACCCAGGAGCCCCCGGCCGAGGAGCCGUCGGAGGCCGCGGGGGAGAAGGCCAGCGAGGAGCCCGCGCCCAGCGCCUCCGCGGGCGAUGCGCCCUCCUCCGGCGCGGGGCCGGAGCAGGAGGGGCCGGCCGAGGAAGCCGCCGCCGCCGCCGCGGCGUCCGCCGUCCCCACCGCGUCGCCGGAGCCGCAGCCCGAGUGCAGUCCGGAGGCGCCCCCCGCGCCCGCCGCCGAGUAAGCGGACGAGCGCUCUUACGUCAUCGAAGAACUUUUUCCCCCGUUUGUUUGUUGGAGUGGUGCCAGGUACUGGUUUUGGCGAACUUGUCUACAACCAGGGAUUGAUUUUUAAAGAUGUCCUUUUUUCUUUUUUUUUUUAAUUUUACAUUAUUUUUUAGCAGCCAAUUUUAGUUUUUCUUUUUUUUUUUCCCUUUUUUUUUUAAGCCCCCUUUCCCACAGAUCCCAUCUCAAAUCUUUGUUACCACCAUUCCGACAGGUCGAGGACAGUUUAAGACAGCUUCCUCUGCCUUCUUUCUUCUUUGUUUUUUAACUUUUUUUUUUUUUUUGCAUCAGUAUUAAUGUUUUUUGCAUACUUUGCAUCUUUAUUAAAAAAAAAAUGUAAACUUUCUUUGUCAGAUCUAUGGACGUGCCCAUAUAUAUGAAGGAGAUGGGUGGGUCAAAAGGAAUAUCAAAUGAAGUGAUAGGGGCCACUAUGGGAAAUCGCAGCAGUGCAUAACAUUGCCAAGAUAAUAUGCCACUAGAAAUGAUGGUGUAAAGGCUUAGGGUUUUUUUGUUUUUUUUUUUUUUUUUUUUUUUUUUUUUUUUUUUAAAGAAAAGUUAUUACGAUGUAUUUUGUGAGGCAGGUUUACAACACUACAAGUUUUCAAUAAGAAGGAAAGAGAAAAAAAUUAAUGAAUAAAAACACCAAUACCCAGAUUUAAAAAAAAAAAAAAAGAAGAUCAUAGUCUUAGGAGUUCAUCUAAACCAUAGGAACUUCUCGCUUAUCUCAUGUUAGCUGUACCAGUCAGUGAUUAAGUAGAAUUACAAGUUGUAUAGGCUUUAUUGUUUAUUGCUGGUUUAUGACCUUAAUAAAGUGUAAUUAUGUAUUACCAGCAGGGUGUUUUUAACUGUGACUAUUGUAUAAAAACAAAUCUUGAUAUCCUUCAGAAGCACAUGAAGUUUGCAACUCUCUCCACCCUGCCCAUUUUUGUAAAACUGCAGUCAUCUUGGACCUUUUAAACACAAAAUUUUAAACUCAACCAAGCUGUGAUAAGUGGAAUGGUUACUGUUUAUACUGUGGUAUGUUUUUGAUUACAGCAGACAAUGCUUUCUUUGCCAGUUGUCUUUGAGAAUAAAAGAAAAACAAAUCUUCAGAUGCAAUGGUUUUGUGUAGCAUCUCGUCUAUCGUGUUUUGUAAAUACUGGAGGAGCUUUGACCAAUUUGACGUAGAGCUGGAAUGUAACUUUGCUUACAAACAUUGCUAUUCAACUCCUGCUUAAGGUGUUCUAAUUUUCUGUGAGCACACUAAAAGCAAAAAAUAAAUGUGAAUAAAAUGUACAAAUUUGUUGUGUUUUUUUAUGUUCUGAGGCUGACUUCUAGGUCUUAGGUUAAUUUUUAGGAAGACCUUGCAUGCCAUCAAAAGUCCAUUGGUUGUGGUUUCUGAUAUGGCGUUUUCAAGCUCUGAAAUUCAUAAAUCAGCAGUGUCCGAUUACAUAUGUAGGGCGAUCUUAUACUGUGUCAACCAUUACCAUUUAUCUGCUUUUAGUUUGCAUUUAAACAUUGAAAAUGACUUUUACUGUAGUUAUAGCAUGCCAGAUUGAGUCAUUUAAGACAAAAGUGGUUCGACCCUAAGACUAUUUAAAAAUGUCUUAUGAGAGUAUUUCAUAAACCAUUUUCUUGUCAUAUAGCUCCAGAAACUUAAAUUUUAUAAUCACUAAGAGUGUUGAGUUCAGGCUGCACGUAAGUCAUGAAAAGACAGCCAGGUGUGUUUAAAUGUUGGUGGUAUAUGACCUGCUAAUAUAAGGUUUAGCAUUUGCUUAAUUUUCAAAUGAUUGCUUCAAUGAUGUGCUACACCUUAAAACAGGUUUCUGUACAGCAGUAAUGGUGUUGAAUGGGCAGCCUUGUCAGUUCAUGGGCCAUCCACAUAGCUGCAAGCCUUUUUUUUUUUUAAAUCAAAGUAUUAGCAUCUUGCCAUUCAAAAGGAAAAGAUACUUCUUAUCUAUUAAUUCUUACUAGUUUACUUCCUGCUUUUUUUGUCAUCUCAUAACUGGAUAUUUUUACUGGACCCUAAACUGUUGGAGUUUAUGGCCAUUGCUAUAUUAAAUGCAAAAUAGUCCACCCGUUGUGCUGUUCUUGAGCAGGAUGGGGUUCAGGAGAAAGCUGAACCCCACCUGUGGUAGAACCUCAAGAUGACAUCGUAUUAAUAAAGGAUGAUAGCUUAGCUUGUCGAUAAUGCUCCUAUAAUUGAAAUAAUGGAUCAAAAUUAAUCAUUCCUUUUCUUCCUAAACACCCUCCCCACUAAUGCAACCAAGUAACAUUUGGAAGAGGAAACUUGAUCCUGAUUUUUGGAAGAUUAAAGUCAAACCUGGUAACCAAAGGACUGAUGUGUGGGCCCUUCCCACUUUAACCAGCUUGUUUCAAAAUCCCUAGUUGGUCAAGUAUGGUGCCUGUAUGUAGUAGGUCUCAACUGAAAUGGAUUUUGAAAAAUAACUCCUGAAGUGAGUAGUUAAGAAUACUGUGUAGAAAACGAUUCUAUAUUGCUAGGUUUGUUCUUUUAACAGCUGGGGUUUAUUAAGAUGCAUUAUUUUGAUUUUAAUCACUGCCUAAAACACUCUGGGUGGUAUCGAUGGAGUGGCGGAUUUUCCUGCAAGUGACUAAAUGCAAUUUGACAUACUUUUCAUCCAAAGUUUUGUACAUCCUGUUGUUUUCUAAUGGAAAAAAAAAUGUUAAUAUGGCUUUUUUGUACUACUAAAAAUAGCUUUGAGAUUAAGGAAAAUAAAUAACUCUUGUACAGUUCA